UCAAUUUAAUCCUUUUAUUCAGUUAGUUGUGUAUUGACUUUCAUAACGUGUCGUCUGUCGUCCUUCUAUAAAAAAAAACAACAAUAAUGUCACUAUAUCAUAAAUUCAAAAAUGGUUUGAUUCCCCAAAGCUAUUUGGAAUCCUUAAAGCCAUUGCUAUUCAUUGCAUAUCUCUGCGGAUUGACACCUUUUCGCAUUGUUAACGGACAACGAGGACCAAAAUUAAUCAAGGACACUGUUAUGGGAUUUCUAAUUCCGGCAUUUUACUGUGUUACAUAUCUAAUGUGUUACGUUUACACAGCAAUUAAACAUGAAUCUGUAAUUGGUUAUUUUUUAAAAACCGAAGUUACACGAUUUGGAAGUAUAAUUCAAGCUGUUAGUGGUAUUGUGGGUGCAACGAUUGUGCAAAUUUCGGCCACCUAUAACAAAUGGUUAUUGUUGAAAGUUUUCGAAUAUAAUGUUCGGAUUGAUGAUCGUUUUCGUCGUGUUGGAUCGGAUUAUAAUUAUUCGCAAGUUUUACGUGCAUUGACAUUUAAUUUGGGAGUUUUUAUUUUUAUAAAUGGACUUUUUACUUUUGGAUUUUUUUACUUGCUACGCAGAAUGGAUGUAUAUCCAUCGUUUUGUCUUUGUGGAACGUUUUUUAUGCAAUUAAAUGGAUUGGCUAUUGGAGUUUGUAUUUUUAAAUCAUUGAUUGAAGCUAUUCAAAAGAGAUUGGAUCUUUUAAAUGGAGUUCUCAAAAACUUAUCGAAUCAAUGGGAAAACCGAAAAAUCCGAUCAGUUUCGGCCAAAAGUCGUUCUAUCAAUUGUUUGGAUUCAUUCUCGAUGUACACAAUAGUAACGAAGAAUCCAUGUGAAAUCAUUCAUGAAUCAAUGGAAAUUCAUCAUUUGAUUUGUGAAGCAGCUUCAACAGCCAACAAGUAUUUCACCUAUCAGCUUUUGACCAUUAUUUCGAUAGCAUUUUUGAUAAUUGUUUUUGAUGCUUAUUACGUUUUGGAGACUUUGUUGGGAAAAUCAAAACGUGAAAGCAAAUUCAAAACUGUUGAAUUUGUGACGUUUUUUUCGUGUCAGAUGAUUUUGUAUCUGAUUGCUAUUAUUUCGAUUGUUGAAGGGAGUAAUAGGGCUAUAAAGAAGAGUGAAAAAACUGGAGGAAUUAUACAUGGUUUAUUGAAUAAAGCUAAAAAUCCAGAUGUUAAGGAGAAACUUCAACAAUUCUCAAUGCAACUGAUGCACUUAAAAAUCAAUUUUACUGCAGCUGGACUGUUUAAUAUUGAUAGGACACUUUAUUUUACGAUUUCUGGAGCACUCACAACAUAUUUGAUAAUAUUACUACAAUUUACUUCAAGCACACCCAAUGGAUCUGCGCCGUGUAGUUUUGGACCAGGUCCAAAUGCAACAAGUAGUAUUGAAACUCAUUAAAAAUACCUAAAUCCAGCAGAAACGCACAAUAUUGAAGCUUUUUUAUAUAUAUCAUUUUUUGUUUUGGAGUGGAUUUGUCAA